UGCGGAGCUCACAGCUGCCUCUGAACUUUGCAAACAAACAGACCGAUUUCAAACUCCAGGCAGUACUGAUAGCCGCAACCUCAAAUGUUCUGUCAUGAUGGUUCGAGCACUCCCAUUUCAGAUUGUAUGCACUUUACUGCUUACUCAAGUCUUGUUAUCCGUCUGCUUGCAAAAACUUGACGUUGAUCAUGAAACAGUUGUGAAGAUUUCCAGUGCUGGACAAUUGAUGCAGUGUUCUGCAGCCAUUGAUUUGCUGUUCAUGCUGGAUGGAUCAUACAGUAUUGGCAAAGGAAGCUUCGAAAGAUCCAAACAUGUUGCAUUCAAACUUUGUGAUGCUCUUGAUAUAAAUCCUGACAGGGUCAGAGUUGGAGUAAUCCAGUACAGUUCGACACCUAAGUUUGAAUUUUAUCUGAAUUCCUACUUGACAAAGGAAGAAGUAAAGGAACAACUUAGAAGAAUUAUAUUCAGAGGCGGAAGUACACAGACAGCCCUGGCUUUGAAGUACAUUCUUCAUAAAGGUUUUACUGGUUCAAGGAAUUCAUCUAUUCCUCGAAUUCUUAUAAUUCUUACUGAUGGCAAAUCUCAAGGUAAUGUGCUACAGGCAGCAAUGCAACUGAAAGAAACUGGAAUAACUGUAUUCGCUGUUGGAGUCAAGUUUCCAAGUUGGGAUGAGCUGUACACACUGGCUAGUGAACCCACGGAGAGCCAUGUUUUGUUUGCAGAGCACUUUGAUGAUGCUGUCAAUGGUCUGUACAGCACACUCACCAGCUCUGACGUCUGCUCAGCUAUUCCUCCAGCUUGUAAACUUGAAACCCACUUCUGUCAACGUAAGUCACUAGAAACUGUGAAGGAGUUUAAAGGAAAUUUCAUGUGUUGGAAGGGAUCAAAUGGAUACGGUGGGCCUUUCUCAACUCUCUGCCCGUAUUACAGUUGGAAGCGAGUUUAUAAGACACAUCUUGCUCGAUGCUACAGAACAACCUGUCCAGAUCCCUGUGAUUCACAGCCAUGUCAGUAUGGAGGCACAUGUAUCUCCGAAGACUUUGAAAAGUUUCAUUGUGUUUGCCCCACAGCAUUUGGAGGAGAUUUUACUUGUGCUCCACAGCAAGGCCUUGACUGCAGUGUGGAUCUUUUGCUGCUAAUUGAUGGUUCUUCCAAAACGACCCUUGAAAGAUUUCUUCAUUACAAAGCAUUUGUGAAAAGGUUUCUCCAGGUUGUGCUGACUGCAGAUAGUCAAGUCAAUGUUGGAGUGGCACAAUUCAGUGAUGGUGUCCAGAUGGAGCUACCGAUGGGACAACACGGGGAUAUAUCGGACGUUGUUAAAAAGAUCGAUUCAAUGCGCUUUAAAGGGGGCAGCACGAAGACUGGCAAAGCUCUGCAUUACCUUACCCAGUUUGGAUUUAAAACUAGCUCGACACUUGCACAUGCUCAGAAAGAUCAUCCCCAUGUUUUAAUUCUGCUAACUGACUCAAAAGCAGACGAUUCAGUUGCUAAAUCAGCCAAGUAUGCCAGAGAGCGAGAGAUCUUCCUUCUUGCAAUUGGCAGUCAGAGUUUUCAGUCUGAACUGGAUGGAAUUACAGGAAAUCCACAGCGUACUGUCACAUAUUCAAAUCCCCAGAGCCUCUUGAAUAAGAUCCCUGAACUCCGAACUAAAAUCUGCAGCACAGAUAAUCGAGGUUGCUUGUCCCAGCCUCUAGAUCUGGUCUUUGCUUUGGAUGCAUCUGCUGGAGUUGGAAAGGUCAAUUUUGAUAAAGUGAAAGAUUUUGUGAAAAGUGCCAUCACGCAUUUUGAGAUUAAUCGCGAUGUUACCCAAGUUGGCCUUGUGAUUUAUGGCAGCAGAUCUAGGACAAUUUUUGGCCUUGAUGCUUCUGAUUCGGGUACUAAUCUCCAGAAGGCAACUAGCCUGGCCACUUACCUAGGUGGGACUGCCUCCACUGGCAGUGUUCUCCUUCACAUUUAUGAUAAUGUCUUGAAUAUCCGACAAGGAGCACGACCUGGUGCGAACAAAGUGGCUGUAGUGCUUACAGAUGGGGCAAGUACUGAUGAUGCAGCCGUUCCUGCACAGACCCUGAGGAAUAAUGGCAUCAUGGUUUUUGCUGUGGGAAUUGGUGACGCACAGAAGGAAUCAUUGCUAAGGAUUGCUGGCUCUGCUAGUUACAUGAUAACAGUGCCAUCCUAUGAAGAUUUGAAAUAUUUUGAAGAUGUUGUCGUUCACAGAUUGUGUGAAGAGGCCAAGACACCAAUUAAUCUGUGCAAACCAAAUCCAUGUAUGCAUGAUGGGGAGUGCAUACUCCACAUUGCAAGUUAUCGUUGUGAGUGCAAAGGCUGGGAGGGAGCACAUUGUGAACACAGACUUACCAAUCCAGAACCUCGUGGAGAUUUCCCCAGGAUACGUAGGAACCGACGGCGCAGGCAGAGGAAGCUGCGGCGCUUAAACAGAAGAGAUUUAUUAUAUGAGCGAUUUGCCUUGUCCAGUGUUGUGUGUUACACGCAUGAGAGAGAAUAUUUUGCAGACUAAUUUCUUGUAGAGAUCACCCAAGUAAUCCUGAGUAAUGAAUUGAGCUGUCACCAUCAGUCAAGUGAUUGGAUUGGACUUCAUCAACAAAGGAAUGAAACCAAUUACUGAUUAUAUGCCACAGUGUGUCAUUUUAAGCGAUUAGUUAAAAUAAUUGCAUUUUUUUAACUAAUAAGAAGGUAUCUUAUGCCAUCUUUUAAAGUGAAUCUGGAUAUAUAUUUCAGUACAAAAAUAGCACCUUUCCUAACAUGAAAAAUAUGUAUCAAGGCACAAACUAUGUAAUCAUUGAUCAUUUGUCUCUUAUGCGAAUAUAUUCCCUUUCCUGUAAAACAGAUGGCCUUAACUCAAAUUUUUCUUUCUAAAGAUCUGUCAGUAACAACAGCAUCUUGCAUUUAUGUAGUGAUUUUAAGGUAGUAAAACAUCCCAAGGCGCAUCAUGGCAGCAUAAUCGAGCAAGAUUUGAUGCAGGGCCUGAUGAGCUAUUAAGGCAGAUAACCAAAAGCUUGGUCAAAGAGGUAGGUUUUAAGGACCAUCUUAAAAGAGGAAAGAGAAGUUGAGAGGUUUAGGGACUGAAUUCCAGAAGCUAGGACUUAGGCAGCUAAAGACAUCCCCUCCAAUGGUGGAGCAAUUAGAAUUGGGGGUGCUUAGGAAACCAGAAUUGAGGCUAAUAUGUGAAAUGCUCCUGACAGGAAAGUAAUCUUCACUUAUGUAAUGUGUAUUUAGAAGAGAAAAAUGAUGUUUUCUGGAAAUAAUUAAUUAGCACUGUUAUAGGCCAAUAGAAAAUUCAUGUUCCUAGGAAGAAAGCAUGUACUGUAUUUAAGAACCAAGACUUCUGUAAAUAUUGUACAAGCUGUUACAGAUUAUUGAUAUAUAUACUGUGGAUGCUUUCAAUCAUAGCUUCUAUAGUUCAUUCCAGCUUCUAUAGUUCAUUCCAGUGGUAGGGUUUUAAAUUAACGCUCUAACUUAAACAGCUUAUUUUGCAUAAAUAUAUGUGGUAGCAUUGCUUUGUGUUAGAGGCAUUGAAACCUGGAUAUAAUUAGAAGCAAAAGCUUGCAUUCUAACUUGAACUGCAGCCUGUAUAUAUCUUGUUAGUUUCUCUGCAUAUUGUUGAAAAUAUCUAUGUCUCAAGCUUGAACUAAAUUUUAUUUUAACACCACAACAUUUGUGAAUCUUGUAAUAAAUACUUAUAAUAGACGAGUGAAUUGUAUUCUGAACUGGAAUGACAGUACUACUUAUCAUUGCUAUGUAAUUAUACAGACUGGUAUGCUAGUUAGUUGUGUGCCAUUUUUGGAACUAUUUAGGAGUGUGCAUGCCUGAAAUCCACUCCAAUCUCUUGAUGUCAGAAGUUACAUCCUGGGCUGUUCCCCGUCUCUUUCUUGUCUUAGUCUCUUUGGUUUUCUUCUCCAUGCUGCCUUCCCUCUUGUUCUCUAUUUUGACUUGUUUUAACACAGGUGAUAUAAUGUGCACAGUAAGACCCAGUGAUACUGAGUUACAGUAGACUGCAGCACCAAUUUUUUUAAACUGCAAGUCAUUCCUCCUUCACAGAACAUACACUGUUAAGAAAAAUCCACAAAGAACAAAUUUAAAUGUUGAAGGAAUUUAAGAGGUCAAACAUCAGAAUGUUAGCAACUUCUAUAAAACAUCCAUUUGUGGAACGGUUCAAGGAAGUCAUUUACCUGCAGUGAUUUCAUAUAAUUUACAAGCUCUCUCAAAGCAGCUCACUUUCUUUUUAUAUUUCUACAAUGUAUUGGCUUUGGUGUAGUUAAAUCUGUAAUAUAAGUGGCACGAAAAGUUAAAAUAGCAACCUGAGCACUGACUCUUAACAAAUGUGUGAACUGGAGCCUAUUAUUUUCAAUAGGUGCUGUAUAGAUACAAACCAAAUCAAUAUGUGAUUGUUGUGCAACCUCUCUCACACACACAAGAUCUGUAUUCAAUGCAGUGUUGCCUGGUUAUUUAACCUGGCUAUCUUGCAUUGGGAUAAGUUAAAACAAAAUAUAUGGUCGCAUACAGUUUAUUAGUGUUGCUGGACAGAACUCUCAAAUACAAUCUCUAUAUAGUAGCCAGUCUCUUUAUAGCAUUGCAGGGCCAAGUGCAGCCUUCAACUGAAGUGAAUUUAGAUGGAUGACCAGUAAUUUAGAAGCGACCACGCAGAUAUAAUUCAGUCCUUGUUUUAAGGAUGUACUUUCCUGUCCUUAUUUUUACUUAAUACUUGAUUUCAUAAUGUUAUUUAUCAUUUAAAAACUGUAGCAAACCAAAGUUAUUGGGGAAAUUAAGAAGUAAAGAAAUGGAGUUGGUUGGAUCAUAGAAGUUUCUCUGGGGCACAGGUUGGGAUGAUGAAUGGUGCAAAACCGAGGUGCUACAGCACCACCACUGGUGGGAAGAUGUUAUUGUAGAGUGAUAAAUUUAUACGAUAGUUUCCAUUAUAAAUGCUGGCAAUAAAUUUAUAAUAGAAAAUUGACACAAAAAUGUGAUAACAGAAAAUAAAGUUUUAUAAAGCUGUAUAUGUAUGUAGAAUUGAGGGUCAAAAUGUAGGACCAAUGAAAUAGUUCCUAGUUGUGAACUUAAAUGACCAGACUUUAUAGUCAGACUGUACAUGCACUCAUAUCCAAGUUCUGCACGCACGCUGUGAGGCUGCAUUAGGCAGGCAGGUCCAUAUUCUGCUUUCACACUAGUCUAGCUUGUUCUUCCUCUCUCUUGCUGUCUUUGGUUGAUAGAAUUAUUGGCCAUAGUUUAAAAAUAAACAAUUUGUUCUCUUUUUACCUUUAAUUUCUUAUGCUACCUCCUAUUCUCAGCCUUCUCCUCCAGUUGAGAGAAGGGAACACAAUGGUCUAUGGUCCUGUCAAUAGGUAGCUUCAUUGACUGUUCAUCAGUCAGUAGGAGGUGAGCAUUUGUGAUGUCAUAGUUUUAUCUUCUUCCCUCAGAAGUGAAAUAGGUUGACUGCCAAAUGAAUGAGUAAGGCAGCAGAGUUAAAAUAACAACCAAAAUAGAUUUUAAUCUCUGUUUGGACCUGUAGUUAGGAGGUAGGUGCUUUGCUGUUGGACAACUGCUCAAACUGUCAUGUUGAAAUGUUAAAAAUGAUGUUUUUACCAAAGUUUGAAAUUUUAAAUUGGGAGUAAGGAUUUUUUUUUUGAAAGCUAACUACACCUUUUUGUUGUCCCAUAUCAAGAUUUUAAAUCAGCCUGGUGAGAUGUAAACUGAGAAUAUAUUAUUAAUUAUAUAUUGUACUGUCUUAGAAAAAUGACUUGGAUGUUAUAGUAUUUUGUAUAUAAGAUCUGGUAUUCACUUAUGUACCUUGUUAUAUUUACUCAGUAGUGUUUAGGUGUGCUACAUCAAGAUUUUAAAAAUAGUUUUAUAUCCUCAGGAAGUCCGCAAAGAAAUUAAGCAAACUUGUAAUAAGUCUUGGUGACUAACUCAAUGGUGCUAUAUACUAUUACAAAUUAAUAAA